CGUUUCUUCAUCAUAAAGUCCUUUAAUGAAGACAAUAUCCGGAAGUGUAUGGAAGAUAGCAUCUGGAUCACCCAGGUCCAGAACGGAGAUACUCUCAGCCAAGCUUUUUCAAAGUGCAAGAAUGUAAUCCUCUUCUUUUCUGUCAAUAAAAGCAGAGCAUUCCAAGGAUAUGCACGAAUGGCCUCUGCACCGUCUCCGGAAACACCCCGCCCCAGCUGGGCGGGCGGAAUACACUGGGACACGAGCCACCCGUUCCGUGUGCAGUGGCUCAGCAAGACUGCGGUCGAAUUUUACCUUAUUGGGCAUCUAAAAAACGCCUACAACGACCAUCUCCCCGUGCUGGUCGGCAAGGACGGGCAGGAGAUUGAGGAGGAGUGCGGCGCCGAGCUUCUUCGCGAAAUGGAG